AACUCUCACUAUACACUGAACACUGCCCACUUUAUUUCAUAUCUUUAGCUUCUUUGCUAUUGCCAAUCAUGGGUUCCUCUCCAAAACACAUUUGCUUUUUCUUCAUCUUGGGCCUUUUCUUUAUGCAAACUUAUGCUAGAGAGAGCCAGUUCUUUAGCAAGGUCUCUCCUACCACCACCACCACCACCACCAUCAACAGCAAAGAGGCUGCUGGGAUCCCCAACACAGAAGAAGAGAGCUUUACCAGGCAAGAACAAGAUCCAAACUUCAUGCCAGAGAACCAAACUGGUUAUGGCUUGUAUGGUCAAGAAUCCACCCAGACCCAGUUUCCUUCUACCACCAAAGUCGGAAAUGCACCCUACAGGGUCCAUACCACCACUGAUACUUACAGCCCCUACACAACCCAGACUCAAGAAACCUACACCAACUACCCCACUAGCACCAGCACCAACCCUGACACUCAUUAUUACAAUGACAAUCAAAACAGCGACAAUACAUUUGCGGAAGAGCAACAAGACUUGGGUGAGACAAGUCUCCAAGAAAGCAGCAGCAGCAGCAGCAACAAUGUCCCCAUGACAAAUCAGAACAACAACUACUACUACAAUGGCGCAAAUGGUUAUAACAAAGAAGGGCAACAAGGCAUGAGCGACACCAGAUACAUGGAAAAUGGCAAGUACUACUAUAAUGUCAAGGGUGAAAACAAUUAUUUCCCCAAUCAGUACCAGAAUUCAAGAAAUGUUAAUUACAACAAUGGGGGUUAUUACAACAACAACAAUGUCGAGAAUUCCUAUGAGAACUCCAUGCAAAGCUUCCAGAACCAGGAGAACUUCCAAGAGCGCCAAGAUGAGCAGUACGUGCCUUGAAGUUCAUCUGUCUUUUUUUUUUUUUGGGUUUGUGAUCAGAAGAUGGAGUACUGAAGAAAAUGAUGAGGUUGGUUAAACUAUUUAAAUUAAAAUAUAUGUUCUUGUGAAAGAUUAAAAUAUAUCAAUCGAUUUAUUGUGGUAAUUAUCUUGUGAUCAUCUUGUUUAAUGUUUGUUCAGUCUUCAUGCUUUCCAAAAUGAAGGUAUAUCAGAGAGCAUGGUUAUAACUUCUUUUCUUUUUUUUUUCUUUUGUAUUUUAUGAAUAAUUAAUUCAAUGAAUGUAUAUGGCUUUCUGUGUUGCAA